AUGCAAUGCAGCAAAUACAUUGAGCACAACCCCACUAACUUAGCCACCGACAAGAUCAGGGUGGAUUGUGUUGUGUCUCUACUCACAGGCAAAGCCCUGGAUUGGGCCACCGCCAUAUGGACUGCCAACAGCACAGAACUCGGAUCCGAGACCCAUUUCCACACCCUCUUCAAAGAGGUAUUCGAUCACUCUCCUUCCGGUCGUCCUAUAGGGGACCUCCUCAUAGACCUUCAACAAGGACGCAAUUCAGCUGCCGAGUAUGCCCUCGAGUUCCGUACCAUGGCUGCAGGGAGUGGAUGGAGUGAGGCUGCUUUACUUACCGUCUACCGAAGAGGGCUCAACAGGGAACUUCAGGCGGAGCUGGCCUGUAGAGGUGACCUUCAGGAUUUAAAUCAAUACAGUCAUAUGUCCAUCUCCAUCGACCACCUCAUCGCCGACCGCCGAAGGACUCUGCCACCCAGGAACCCGAAACCUUCUCUUUCCAUGAUUCCGUCAUCCUGUCCGAGUCUUCCAGAGCCCAUGCAGUUGGGUCAUGCGCCUCUCACGUGUAUUGAACGUCAAAGGUGGAUCCAAGAAGGGCUCUGCCUAUACUGUGGAAGGAAAGAUCAUCUACUCAGCCAUUGCCCUGUUCGCCCCCACGGAGAUAUGAGAAGGGUCCCUCCACUGCCAUGCAGGUAGGCAGGUCCGUAUUUCUAAAUAUCUCCCAGAAGCAAUUCUCCAUCCCAGUAUUGAUAACCGUGACGGGGGUUAUGAAGUACGUAGAGGGCUUGAUAGAUUCGGGAGCAGCAGGUCGUUUUAUCGAUCACCAGCUAGUACAAGAGCUUGUGAUUUGUAUUUUUAAUGGAUUAUCAGAUAAAACUGGGUUAAUCACAAACAUAGAGUUAUAACUAUUUGUUACUGGGCCAGGAAUGUAAUUGGGUCAUUUCACUGUGUGUGGGGGGGUGGGGGGGUAAAGAGGGAAUCUGACCUAGGGUCAGAUUGCUUGCUCUUACUUAGAUCCAUGGAUGUCUUAUCAUAUCAGAGACUGAAACUGGCUUGGGCCUUUUGUUUCUAUCUUCAAACACAGUGAAAAGAGCCGGGGUUGAACAGAGUUUAAACUAAACAUGAGUGUUUUUGCAAGAUAAGGAUUGAUUGAUUGUAGUACUCUGAACUUAAUUAAAGUCGAAUUUAGCCACCCUCAGAGACAAAGGAAGUGGGCGGAGCAAUAAAAGAGCGGAAAACUGAAGAGGGCACUAUAUAAGAUGGAGGGAGAGGAGAAGAGGGGGUUCCAAUCUGCAGAUUGACCUGGCUUUGUUGAAUUAAAAAUAAAGUCAUUCUUGAUGCAACAAAAACUCUGUAAGACCUUUGAUUUUUAAUAAAGUAUAGUGGUUAUUUUCCACAACAUAAUUGCCGAUCCCUUCAGGACUUGUUUAUAGAGAUCUUUGAGUGCUUUGCCAUCAGAGGAGGUUUUGACGAAUCACACAAUCAGUGGCCACUGUUUAAACAAAGGUAAGCAACGUUCUUACUUAAACUGUGUGUUUCGAUCAAGCUGAAUCUGAGGGUAGGUUACGGAAGGGUUCUCUCCAGAAUUUAAGGACCAAAUUUAGCAAGUUUUUGGUGGAAUAAGAAAUAAGCAUGCAUGCAAUGUUAUUGUUGAUAAGUGUGAAUAACUUAAAUCCUACGGUUACCGCUCUAGCGUGUUUAUCAUUGUUAGGGGCUGCUCAGGGGUGGGUGGCUAGCCAAAAGUCCACUACGGAUACCGCUCUAACGUGUUGAUCAUUGUUAGAGGCUGCUCGGGGGUAGUUGGACAUACAUUACUAAAACCGCCUACGGUUACCGCUCUAACGUGUUUAUCAUUGUUAGAGGCUGCUCAGGGGUGACCUACUUGGUGACACAUCAGCCUGGGUGAGGUGAUGCACGAAUUAGACAGCUAAUCGGGGGGGGGGAAAUAGGUCAUCCAAGAUGGUCACACCAUAAAUUGGAAGUCGCGCCGUUCAUCUCAGGUAGGUGAACAGUUUUGAACGCCACCAGGGCUUCAAAGUAUAGAGAAAUAAUAAGAUAGAGUAGGUCUGUUCAUCUCGUACGGGUGAAUGGUUAGCUUGAGCGGCUGUGAGUCAUUCAGUGAAUAAUUCUGUCUGAUUCAUUUAAGCACGAGUGGCUGCUUAUCUGUGUGGGUGAUGUGACAACAAAAAUUAAUCCUGUAAAUAAUAGCCUUUUCUUUGUGGAGAAAGUGUACGGAAAGGGACUAUAUUUUAGGUCAUUUGAAGCUUCUAAGGCUGGUGGAGAAAGGAAAAGCCCAAUCUUGCAUUAGGGAGAGGAGAAUUAAUAGUAUGUGGAUAUUCAUUUACUAACGGAGGAGAGAGAGAAAUCCUGUUGGAGGAACAGGUCACGUGUACGGGGGUGAUCAUAUGACGUCAACACAUUGAAUUUCGGUCAAGCUUCGAGGGGAUCAUCACAUUUGGGAAAUAUAAAAGUAAAUGUUGAUAGAGUUAACAUUCCAAAUUUGGGUACUUUUAUAGAAGAAAAUUCCUGUAGGUUAUACGAAUAUUGAUUGUGUGUUUGGGAAGUAGCGUUGUGUGAAUGUGGUAUGAGUAAAUCUGAAGUUUGGAGAAUUAGCUGGUGAUAUAAAAUUAAAUUAACUUGCGGCAAUAAAGAAUCAUUAGAAAUACGAAUGCGGUGGAUGAUAUGAAUAAUAUUGAAAUAUGAUUAAUGUUAUGUGCAGGUAAUUGAUUAGUAGAGGGUGGAUAAAAGUGUAAUAAUAUGUAAGUGCUGGCUUGCGCACCCAAACACGUAGACGUACGUGGGGGGUGGGAGACAGUACAUAGAUCAUGUGAUAGAGAUAAAUUAAGCAUUAUAAUAGCUAUUUAUCAUUUCAGAAGCAGAGGUGAUAUGGUCAAGGAAUUUUAGUAUAUUAGGGGGAAAAUAUAAUUCAUUUGAGUAAAGUCGUUAGAUCUGUUUCCAAAUCAAGGAAUGAAGGUUUGACUCGUUGACUGCUAAGUUAUUUGCGUUGAGCUUGUGAGAUCUGUGUCCUUCACAGCUAUUUUGUGAUGAAUGUGGCAUGUGCCAGAUACUAAAACUACAGAUCCUUAUAAUAUGAGUAAAGGAGGAUUUACUUGUCAUUUCAAUGAAGCAUAGUUCUGCAUUACUGACUAAAAUCUAGAUUUUCUGAUUAGAGUGUAAGACUGGGAUUUAGGAGUUUGGGGGGUUUGAAGUGAACGACUCCCGUAUUCAACAGGAAUAGGGGGGGGGGGGAGAUAGUUAUUUUCUGUGGCGCCGAAUAAGUUGAUAAUUUGAAAACUACUGAGAAUAUAGUUGUAAUUUGGAAUAGUGAAUUGAAUAUGGAUGUGAAUUAAAUGUAUGCUUGUCAACGAUAGCAAGUAUUUGUUUUAUUAAUUAGAGCGUAAUCAGAAAGGACAGUUACAGAAAUUGAAUAGCGGACUGGCAAAUACGAUAGAGCUGAGGCCGUGAUUUGAAUUGAUAACAAAGGAAAGUAAUUUAAUAGGGAAGUUAGAAUUUCAACUGUGAAUUGUUUGGGUAGACAGAGGAAAGUAAUGUCUUUUAGUAAAAUGAAUGCAAAUAUACUAGUAGUUAUUGGGGUUUUGGGAAUAGACUUUAAUGCUAUGUUAUAGUUCGCGGGUAAAAGAGAGACAGUCCAGCGAGUACGAAUCGAGCGGUAAGAGAGAUUGGAAGUAGAAGUCUAAAUAGUUGAAUGGAAAACUGUUAUUUGACAAAUUCUAAUUGUUAUUACUUUAUUCGAUAGGUUGCUUAACACCAGUGGUGUAUGCAAAUAGUUGGUGAAUUCUAAAACGAUAAUUUGUUUUUCGUUACGUGAACCAGGGGAUGCAAGUAGCUUGAGCUAUUAUGCUGAUGGAAUAGCAUCAACUUAUAGUGGGUUCUAGAUUUGUUGAAUAACAAACUUAUAUUUUAAACUAAAUUAAUGCAAUAGGCUACAAUUAUAACAUUAUCAGAAAAAGGCACAAUUUAAUGCGAAACAGUUAUUACAUGUGUCAUUGAUCCAGUAAUGAUACAAGGAUAAGAAGGAUAGUAAAGGAAAGGCAAGGGAUGAAAUCUCAUUUAAGGAAAGAAGAAGAGUAUGAAGGUAUAUUAGGAAGAAAAAUACCAUUAACUGAGGAAUAUAAAAACGUUUAGCUGAGAAAGGUAACAGGAAUAAUUGACCUUACACCCUAAUAUAGACACUGAACCACACAAGGAGUAGAGAUGGCAGGAAUACCAGUAGCAAUCAUGAAGAGAAGGUUCCCAGAAAAUAGUAAAGAUAUUGGUAAUAUCUCUGACAAAUGGGAAAAAAGGACCAGGAAAAUAGUAACUAAAUGGCCAAAGGAGGGAACAUUUGAUGUAACAGUAUGCGAGGAAAUGGAUACCCUAAUAAAGAACUAUAAAACAGGAGAGAAAAGGGAGAAAAGAAAGAAGAAGAGAGAGAAAGAGAGAGACAUCUUGAAAAUGUUCUGGGAGGAAGGAAAGAGUUGGAGGGACAGCAUAGUAAAGGCUAGAAGGAUAAUAAUGGAGAGGGAGAGUGGACCAAAAAAGGCUGGCUUAACUACACCACCACCAUACACCGAAGGGGGGCAGUAUUCUCAGGUCACAGGUUUAGUCUCAAUAACAGGGAAUGUAGAGAUAGAAUGAGAAAAAGGAAGCAGCAGGUUUCCACACCAGGAAGAGGAAAACAAUCACAUUUAGAUAUAGACUGUUAUGGAAGACUGAGGGGGAUGUUAACGGAACUGGAAAAUUAUGGGAUAGAUGAACAAGAGUAUGAUGGGCAAAGAGAUGGGGGGAAUACAAGUGAUGAGGAAGGUGAAGAACUUAGACAGUAUGCUGAGUCUGAUCAAGGACAGAGUGAGACAGAGGGAUGAACGUCAGAUUCAAGCAAGGAAUUAUGCGACCAUAUUAUCCACGCAAUGGAGAAAUACAGGAGGGAUGAACGGAAAUAGGCGAAGCAGUGGAGAGAGAUUCUGAGAAAACUGGGACAGUUGCAGCUGGAAGAGCUGACAAGAAAGGACAAAAAGAAAACACAAGCCACACCUGUUCUCCAAGGAGGUCAACAGAUAAUGCUUCAGCAGCAAGGCCAAAGAGCUCCUCCUCACCAUCAUCCCUCUCUUCCACCUUCUCUUCAGAGGGCAAAGGAGUAUCCGGGGGUCUUGGAGAGUCCCUUUCCUCCUGAGGGGACCCGUCAAACCUCAGGGUGUUCGUUUCGCAACUCUGGGCAUGUCUACUUUCUUCCCUUCAAGUCCCAUGUAUCCCUACUUCCUUUGGAGAGGGAGCCGAAGGGUGUCUGUGAGACAACGAUUUUUGGUAAGAGGGAGGUGAAGGUAAAUAUUGAGGAGCCAACCCUGCCGGGUCUAGGUACCUUUCCAUUCAGGUAACUGGUCCUGUCUAUCCCACUUCUCACGCAGCUGUAAAUAGCAUGCAUGCCAUUCUAGUUCUGAGGACACCAUGGGAGUUGACGUUAUAGGGGACACUAAUUGGAUUUAAUUAGUUAAGACCCUUAUUAGAAUUUUACUGUUUUGACUUUUUCACAGGGCCCCUACUAGUGCGGCACCUUUACAUCUAUUAACCAGUUACUUUAGGUUACUCUAUAGUUUUUAAAAACUAUUUAGGGCCCCACGUUGGGCGCAAAGAAUGUCGAGUUGACUAGUACAGGUCGCCUCCCAGACGGUCCUACUAGGUUCACUAACGCGCGGGUAGUCUUUAACUGUGGAUCUUCUCUUGACUACACAGGGUGGGUCAACUCCCACUGCACACCGUAGGUCUGGAUUAACCAGCGGUUUGAGCCUCUUUCCCGGUGAGGGGGCCUCCCUGUCUUCCUACCCUAUCUUCCUACCCGAGGCUGAGUUAGCAGUAGAGCCCUGGGCUCCACUUUAUCAGCCUGGGUCACCCCUCUUGGUCUAUCUCUGCUUGCCACAGAGGUUAGCUCACUCUUUCCUACUGUUAACACUUCACGGGUAGUUUGUGACGCGGUAUACUACGCGUCAGUAGGGGCUAUUUCUGUGUACAACACCAAUGAACAAUCCCAUAUUUAUUUAUAGUAUUUAACUUGGCCUGGCUCUUAUUACGUGUUAUCUCGCCUUUCACGCAGGAUACGUUCAACCACGGGGUUAUACUAUUUUUAUAAACGUGGCAAAGUCUCAGACACCCCUGCUAUUGGUAGUUUCUAGUUUCAGUGUUACCAGAGUCUUGUCUGAGGACUAGGGGAGUCAACAGGUCAUAUUGACUAGGCCCUUUCACAACAACUGUCCUGCAUCUUUAUCUUUCUUACUAUGUAUUUGUUGGAUACUUCAUUUUUGUCACGAAUUCGGCCGAGACUGCUCCUCCUCCUUGCUCGGGCAGGCUUCGGCGUUCGUCGUCCCCGGAGUACUAGCUACCACCGUUGGAUGUUUCGAUGUUUGUUUGGUUUGGUCUGUCUGUUUCACCUGUGUCCGUUUGUGUCUAAUUAUGUGACCUAUAAGUUUCCUGCUUUGUGUAUGUGAGAUUGUGUGUUAUUGUCCGCCUGUCCGUUGGUGCUGUGUAUUUUGCUCUUAUCUAUUUUGUUUAUUUACGCACAGUUUGCGUAAUCGCUCGCCUCCGUUUUGUUGAGGCCCGUUUUGUAUUGUCGUGUUUCUGUCCAGUAAAGUCUGUUGGACUAAGCUUCUGUGUCCUGCACCUGACUCCACACCACAUCCACAUCAGCCAUUGACAAUUUUGCUGUUGAACCGCAAGAAGAGCUUGCAAGAAAUAAUUUUGUUACUAUGUUUUUAUUUGUAUGUUAUUAUUUAUAUCUGCAUCUUUGGGAAGGGCACAUAAACAAGCAUUUUAUAAAAUGUUGUCGAUAAAAAACAACUGUGCUUUACAAAAGGUGACAAUCAGUGGUGACCCAUCAUUCAGGGCAGGUGAUUGGCUCAGUGUUCUGUCACUCAUGGGGACACUAAGUCACCGCAAUAUCUACGGGGAGAGCUUGAAAAUUCAAGCCCCUUGGGUGCUGCCAUAGAUUUACAUUAGAAGUGCCCAUCCAAGAAGGCUCAAGGUCAUUGGCCACAGAUAAAAUUAUGUCAAAUCAUGUUAUUGCUACCAUAGCUUUGAUUGGACUGAUCAUGUCAACAUCAUACUUUCAAAAUCUUAGCUAGCAAGCUAGACAAUCACUCAUCAUCAUGGAUCAAGUCGACAAUCUACUGGCAAAUUCUUUUAAAUCCUUGUCAUAUGAAGAGACAUUUGAGAUAAAACGUAUCGGUGCUCAUCGGCCAUUGGACAUAAUCAUUACACAACAAGUUGGAAAUCGCAAAUUCAACAAUGAGUGGUUUGGAAGGAAUCAGUGGCUAACUGCAAGCUUUGCAAAGCAAUCACUAGCCUGCUAUUCAGUGGAGAGGGUGUGUGGUCCAAGUCUGUGUUUUAGGGUCUCUUUUCCAAGCUUAAAAGGAUAAACAUUCACUUGCAACAAACCAUGGAGCAGAAAAGGUUGCACAUUGGCCAUGCUGUCAAUUCAGCAUGACUUCUGCCACGUCCCAAAAAACAGGACUGAACUGGGAAAUCUCAGACUUCAGUGAGUUCAAGACAACUGGGAACUCUGAAAACAAACUCGGAAUUCCAAGUCGGGAACUCGGGCCUCUUUCUAGAGCUCCGACUUGAAGAUCACUGACGUCAUGAUUAAACCAGUUGUCUUGAAAGCACCAUAAAUCCAGAGAACGGCAGAUUUCAUGACAAAGUUUGAUGACAAAAUUUGCCCACAAGAAGGACCGCCGUGCCACCUUCCUGUUCAAGUGAGCACAACAAGGUGAGUCCAAAAAUGUAUUGUAUGCUGCUGCAUAAAUGGUAAUAUGGCAGGGAGAUAUGUAUACUGUAGCUAAGAAAGUAAUACUAAGUGUAUGUUGUGUAGUAAGCUGUUAGUAGCCCAUGUGCCUCACCUAAUAAUUUGGUCCCUUUCCCCCUCAUAACUUAGCCUACUGUUCUGACUUGGUGGUGCACAUGUAGCCUAUAGCCUGUUUUAGAGAAAUGUAAUCAUAGAAUAUUGUAAGAGCUUUCAUUGUCUGCUUAUAUGCCCCCUUUAUUUAUCCUACGGUUCUGACUUGGUGUACAGGGAGAAUACUGUAAGAAUGGACCAUGUUCUGAAUUAUGUCACUGUACAUUUCAAAAUAGUUAUAUUGACUACGGCCGUCCUAGCUCGCUCAUUAAUGUCUUAAUCAAAAUUACGAAUUGCCUCUUAUCCGCUCGUCGUUCCCUUAUGCCAUAGUUUGUACAUCUCAAUUGUCAGUAGAAACCAAAUUUGUUUAAGCAAGUCAGCCAUAUCAGCUAUGUUUUUUAAGAAGGCAGUAAAUGAGGCUGAAUGAACUGUUUCGCUGCCAGACAAGGCUCCGCUGAUAGCCAGGUGUAGCGGUGGUAAGGAUUCACUCCAUGGUGCUGAAAAGAAAGCUUUGCUGUUGGAACAGCUUUAUGUAGGCCCUAACAGUUUGUGGGCACUGGUUUUCACUAUUAUAGUGCAAUGAAUGUAUUGUUUAGUAUUGUGUUGUGUAGUGGCUUUGCUGGCAUGCAUCUAAAAAAUUGUUUUUGUGUUUGCCCCACAAAUAUUGAUAUGCUAAAAUCGCCACUGGACAUAAUGCAUUAAUAAAAUGCAAUGCUGUAUAAAACUACUUAUAGAUAGAGCCUUAUAUUCUACUCUAUAUAUAGUCAUAAAUGUUUAUGUUUACUGGCUAGGUUUUCAGAGUGAGAGAUCUGUCUGAGCAGCAGAUAUUAGAGCCUGAGGGACUGUAUGGAGCCUGAGGGAGACCCUGGAGUCCUGAGCAGGAGGUGAGUCAGAGAGAGAGGCUGUCUGAGGGAUACACACUAACCAAGGCUCAGUUUCACUCUGAUAAAUACUCUACAGGACAAACUACAUACAAAUCAUAUUUACAGGUGGUGCAGGUACUCCCCCCAUCCCCCUCUUUCUCUCUCUCAGUGACAGUCUGCUGACUGAGGAUCAGUUCAGAUGCUCUGUGUGUUCAGAGGGACACGGUCUCCAUUCCCUGUGGACACAGUUACUGCAGGCAGUGCAUCAGCACAUACUGGGUACCAGAUCAGACACAGAGCAGAGGACAGGUUCAGUGACAUCACUGUGACAGAGAAUGGGUCAGGGUCUGGGCCUGGGAGUCUGGUAGUCCAGUCAGCAGACAGAAACUCAGUCAGUCUGACCUGGAGAAGACCAGCGGAGGAUGCAGAGGGACGGUCUGUGUUCCACUACAGACUGGAGUACAGAGAGGAGGGACAGGAGGAGUGGGACACACUGCUAACAGACGGAGACAAGUGUGUGUACUCCCUAACACCCACACACACCUCCUGCAGAGUCAGAAUGUGUGCUGUCUAUGGAGAGAGACAUAUGAGUGAACCCAGUGAGGAAACAGUCAUCCCACUGGCAGGUUGUUAUGUUGAGGAACAUAAUGAAUAAGUGAUUCUUAAAAUAAAAGUAAUAAAUCAUCAUAUAUAUAGUUAUUAUUAUUAUUAUUGGGGGGGGGGGUGGGCACGGGAUGUUCCCCAAUGCUGGAAGGGGAGUCUGAGUGAAAAAGUUUGGGAACCCAUGUACUAGUUUGUCAGGGGGUUGAGUACAAUACAAACUUAUGUUGUACAGUGGAUAAAAAAAGAUAUAAAAAACUCCUUAUGAAUGAUGUUUAGUAAAAGUAUUAUGAAGAUUGUUAUAAAUGAUACUGCAACAUAAAGUUGUUAUGACUGGUGUCAUAAAGGUUCUAUAUAUUCCUUAUGUAUGCGCCCUUCAAGUAAAGUUGUCCUAUUUUUCGUUGAAUUUUAGAACUUGAAACAGUCUGAAAAUAUCCUGGUCAGUGCAUGUUACGCUUCAGUUAGUCUCUUUAACUCAACAGCCCUGUGUGUCACAAAGUGCUCUGAGACUGGCAAGCACGUCUACUGUCUAGUCUAUCUAGCUAGACUGUUUACAUUAAUAGACUAUUGCAUUAGUUUAGAUGUCAUAUUCAAGUGGAAAAAUAGCCAUAUGACAGAAACAAGUGUUUAAUACAGUAAAAUGCAGUUCCCCAGAUGUAUGUUAUAUAUCCACUGACAUGUUCUAAUUAUAAUGAAUUGUAUGUUUCUCUCCACAGUGGAUGUGACUCUAGAUCGUGAUACAGCACAUCCCCAACUCAUCCUGUCUGAAGACAGGAAACAAGUGAGAUAUGGAUAUAAAGACAAAUGACAUGAUCUCCCUGACAACCCAGAGAGGUCUGAUGACUGUCUCUGUGUCUGGGAAAGGAGGGUUUCUGCUCAGGGAGAUACUACUCUGAGGUUCAGGUAAAGGGGAAGACUGGGUGGACUUCAGGAGUGGCCAGAGAGUCCAUCAACAGGAAGGGGAUGAUUACACUGAGUCCUAAUAAUGUAUCCUGGACUGUGUGGCUGAGGAAUGGACAGUACAAGGCUAUCACUGAACCCUCUCUUACCCUCUCCCUGAGAGAGAAGCCCCAGAAGGUGGGGGUGUUUGUGGAUUAUGACGAGUGUCAGGUCUCCUUCUACAAUGUGGAGGCCAGGUCUCAUAUCUACUCUUUCACUGGCUGAACAUUCACUGAGAAACUCUAUCCAUACUUCAGCCCUGGUAAUCUUUACACUGGUAAAAACUCAGAACCACUGGUCAUCACUCCUGAAGAUGUCACUGACUGACUGUUUAAUACCAAACAUUAAAAUAAUGUUAACAUAACUGAUAAUGUAAUAGCGACCAGAUAAUGUAAUAAUUAAUUAUAAUAUAAUACAUAUUACACAAAUCCGCAGAUCAUGUAUUAACAUUUUACAUUUAUAAUGCAAUAACUUUUCCUGAUAAUAUCAUCAAUCAAUUGCAGUUAAUAAUGCAGUAGUGUAUAUGCCAUAAAUAAUUAUUGUAAUCUUUUGAGCACCAAGUUAUUUCAAGUUUUAAUCUCACAUGCACAAGUACAUUUUUAACAUUUAACAUUUUAGUCAUUUAGCAGACGCUCUUAUCCAGAGCGACUUACAGUUAGUGCAUUCAUCUUAAGAUAGCUAGGUGGGACAACCACAUAUCACAGGCAUAUGCCUUUCCUGCAAGCUCUAAACCCAGAAAUGCAGUAAUGUAAUGUAAUAAUACAAUAACAUAAGGUAGAACAAAAACACAAGAAAUAGAAAUAACAAAUAAGAAGAACUGGAAAUAUGGUAGUUUUGUGGAUAAGGUUAUAAUUUCAAGUGUUAACAUACUUUAACAAUAACAAACUCACAGUUUGCCAGUGCUGGUCGUCUUCUUCAUAAUGUAAUCCAAGAAGACCUACCUGUCCAUCUAGCGCUGUGGACCAUAUCACCUUAGUGGACGAGAUUCAUCUAGCUCUGAGGACCAUAUCACUUUAGUGGAUGAGAUCCAUAUUCUUCUUCCUGAUAACAUGACUGGGAUGAAUAAAAACAGUCCAAUAAUUGCUACAGGAUCCCUGGGUCUAUAUGCAUUGUCAUAUUUUCAGUGUUCCCCUAAAAUUAGACUGUAGUGUAGAACAAUAUCACUAUGAAUUAGUUCAACAGUGAAGUACAUUCCUGCAUGCAUAUAUAUUAUGUUUCUUACUUUAUUUUUAUUGAAAACAUUUUUAGCUGUUGAACUGAAAAGAGAGCUUGCAAAUAAUCACUUAAUUGUACUGUUCACUGCGCUGUAUCCUGUGCAUAUGGCAAUAAACUUGGAUUUAGAAUUCCAAUGAAUUUGUAUAAAAUUGAAGCUCAUUUACUGCAUUUCUACACAAUUUAAAAUCUCUAAAAUGCGAUUUGGAGAACAGCAAAUACAAGCAAAAUGGACUCCAGCCAUCACCUUGUUGCUGUAGCUUCAUUCAGCUCAAUCAAUAGCUUCAUUCAGCUCAAUCAAUAGCUUCAUUCAGCUCAAUCAAGCCAGCCAGCCAGCCAUACAAACAGCCAGCUAGCCAGCCAGCCAGCCAGCCAGCCAUACAAACAGCCAGCUAGCUAGCCAGCCAGCCAGCCAGCCAGCCAGCCAGCCAUACAAACAGCCAGCCAGCCAGCCAGCCAGCCAGCCAUACAAACAGCCUACCUCCACCUCCCAGGAGUCCGCAUGGUCCUGAAGUCAGCAAACUAACCCUGCUAAACUGCAUUUGCCUUUUAAUCAGGAUUGGAAUGAUUUUUGUAUCCUAUUUUAAAAUGUUGGUGUUGAGCUACAGUAUGUCAACUGCCAUUCCAUGCCAUACCCUGCCAUACCCUGCCAUUCCAUGCCAUACCCUGCCAUACCCUGCCAUACCCUGCCAUACCCUGCCAUUCCAUGCCAUACCCAAUGUCCCUGGUUCAGAAGUAGUAAUGGAGUUUUCAGCACAUCUGACCAGCAGAAGUGUUGAGGGCAGGUUUUCUAUGUCAGCGUAAAGCCACAUGAAGGCGCUGUUUCACUACAGUGCAUUAAGUUCACCUAGUGAGGCAAGUAUGGGUAGCUACAGGCCAAUAUGGCGACCGGAGUAUGGACGAGUGGGUGUGUCGAAAGGAGUGGGUAUAUGGAAAGUGAAUCAGCUAAUUGAGCAGAUUUGUUGCCACUCAAGACCGUUUUGAGUGGCUGAUUGGGCUGCACGACGAGUCGAUAAGCCGGCAACCAGUGCACCGGGUGCUGAAUCGAUGUGCCUGCCUACUUGAAGUGCUUCAUACUCGAUAGCUAACAUGGCCAUUUUUUUAAAAUCUCAAAUGAUAUUAUAGGUAGGAUAGCAGUCUACACAAGAAAUAACUAAUAUUGAUAACCAUCUAGAUGUCACCUUGAUACAAACAUACAGUCUACUACUCAAUGGGGAGGGCAUGAAUGGUAACAACAACAGGACACAGUGCCCUUCGCUCCCGCUUGACAAGCACUACUGUCCAGCAACGUCGUAGGAAGUAGCUACCUAGUUGUCAAUAUCAGGGUGACAGCUGCACACGCACACAAUGCAUGGAGUACAUCCAUCAUCAAUACUUUUAAACAAAAAUAAACUAUUGUCAGUUUUAUAAGUGAAAAUGUACUAUUAUUUGUGUAAAACGAACAGUGAAUUACGGUUCAGACUCAUCUGGCUUAAAAACAGAAGUCUAAACUCUCUCAGUACGGUAGCUCAAACCCUGACCUGAAGAGUGUUUUGCAAGCAAGAUUUGAGAGUAGGUUAUAUUUGUGCUUGGGCGAGGUGUGUGCUUUGUGCUUGGGCGAGGUGUGUGUGUGUGUGUGUGUGUGUGUGGUGUGUGUGUGUGUGUGUGUGUGUGUGAGUGUGUGUGUGUGUGUGUGUGUGUGUGUGUGUGUGUGUGUGUGUGUGUGUGUGUGUGUGUGUGUCUGUGUGUGUGUGUGUGUGUGUGUGUGUGUGUGUGUGUGUGUGUGUGUGUGUGGUGUGUUGUGUGUGUGUGUGUGUGUGUGUGUGUGUGUGUGUGAGUGUGUGCGUGCGUGUGUGUGAGUGCAUGCAUGGGUGCGUGUGUGUGUAUGUGUGCUGUCUUCCCCAUCCCAGACAGUGUAUGUGAACUCUUCUCCAGAUGGGUUGCAGGAUUGGGCUAAAUUCCAUUUCAUUUCAGUCAAUUCAGUAAGUAAACUGAUAUUCAGAUUCUCUUUGGACUCUGAACAGCAACUGUUUGUUGAUAAGCCAACCUGUCACCUGCCCUGUCACCUGACCAUUGCUACGUGUUCACUUAGAGUAAAGGUUAAUAGUUUAUCACCUCACCUCAGGGAAACAUUAAGCGGACUAUCGGUGCAGAGUCGGUUACUCCAGUUCUUGGUAAGAAAAAAUAAGUAAGCAAGAGAAAACUAGUACAGUUAUUUACAUAUAAUAUUGGGACAUUUCAAUAACAAUAAGUAGUAUAAUGUCUUAGCUUGAAUUAAGCAGGCAUGUCCUCAAAUUGGCUACAAUGCUGUAACCUAUGGCAAUAAAAUCGUACACAUAUUUAUAGUAUGUGUAUAAUACCGGUAAUACUACUAAUACUACUAUGUCUACUUCUAAUACCACUAAUACUAAUGUAUACUACUAAUACUGCUAAUAAUACUAAUAAUACUACUAUAUCUAAUACUACUAUGUAUACUACUAAUACUACUAGUACGACUAUGUCUAAUACUACUACUACUACUACUAAUACUACUAUGUUUACUUGUAAUACUACUAUGUCUACUACUAAUACUACUAGUACUACUAUGUCUACUACUAAUACUAAUACGAAUACUAAUACUACUAAUACUCCCAUGUACACUACUAAUUCUACCUAGUAAUAUUAAUAAUACGAAUACUACUAAUACUACUAUGUCUACUACUAAUACUACAUAUAUCUACAACUAAUAUUACUGUCUAUUACUAAUAUGACUAUAUCUACUACUAAUACUAUGACUAAUACUACUACAAAUACUAAUAUAUCUACUACUAAUACUAUGACUAAUACUAAUACUAAUACUACUAUGUCUACUAUUAAUACUACAACUACUGCUACUACUACUGCUACUACCAAUACUAUGAUGAAUACUACUACCCUCUACUACUGCUAAUACUAUUAUGUCUACUAAUAAUACUACUACAAAUACUACUACAAAUACUACUAUGUCUACUACUAAUAAUAUGACUAAUACUACUACUUAUACUACUAUGUCUACAACUAAUACUACUACUAAUACUACUAAUACUACAUACAUUUGUAGAGAUCCAAACACCUGAAGUUGUUUUGCAAGUUUAACAAAGAACAUGGAGGUUCUCUAAAAUGGAAUCUGCUCACAAUUUAAUCUCUUGAUAAAGUCAUGAAAUAUGAUCACAUGGCCAGUUGAUACAUUACAUAUGAGAAAGAACAUACUAUUUAAUGUGCAGUAGCCUACUGUGCACACUGCACAGCCAUUAUAUUCAUGUAUGAUGUUUGUAUUUACUAGUAGUUUGUCUCUCUCUGAGUGAGAGAUCUGAUGCAGUCCAGAUUCUGAAGAGACAUUAGACUGUAUGGAGCCUGAGGGAGACCCUGGAGUCAUGAGGUGAGUCAGAGAGAGGGGCUGUCUGAGGGAUAAACAUGAUAAGAAAACAUAUCAAAAAUAUGGAACAUAAUAAUGGCUUAUUUUAAAUGUUAUUUAAUGUGUAGUGUCAAGCAGGAGAGAGCAGCUCCCAGCUGUGUGUCUAUGAAGAGUGACAGGUCAAUGGAGCAAGAUAUCAAAUUCAAAAGAGUAAAUCUCCCUGACUCAAGGUGAGAACAGUGUUACAGCUUUAACUGAUAUAUGCCAACAUAUAAAAGAUGCAGCUUUAUUUAUCUUAACCCAUUAUAUACCAACGUCUGACAGUUGUGGGACCAGCUAUGUUCUGCUUUUGGUUCAGCUUCCUGAAUUGUUCAGUGUAGUGAGAUUCAGAAAGGGAAAACUGAUUUCUGUGCUUUGUGGACACUAUAAUACAUCUACAUCUAAGAUGUGCUUUUGUCUGUGCUUUUGUAAUGUGUAGUGUCAAGCAUGGGAGAGAGGAGUCUCCUGCUUCCAGCUGUCUGUCUAUGAAGAGUGACUGGUCACUGGAUCAAGACAUAAACUUCAGAGCAGGAGUCUGUCUCUCUGAUCUAAGGUGAGAGAUGAUUAAAGGUCCAGACUGCAGCUAGAUAGUGUGUACAUCACAAUGAGAUCUUGCUGUGAUAAUAUACAGUGAGGGAAAAAAGUAUUUGAUCCCCUGCUGAUUUUGUACGUUUGCCCACUGACAAAGACAUGAUCAGUCUAUAAUUUUAAUGGUAGGUUUAUUUUAACAGUGAGAGACAGAAUAACAACAACAAAAUCUAGAAAAACGCAUGUCAAAAAUGUUAUAAAUUGAUUUGCAUUUUAAUGAGGGAAAUAAGUAUUUGAUCCCCUCUCAAUCAGAAAGAUUUCUGGCUCCCAGGUGUCUUUUAUACAGGUAACGAGCUGAGAAUAGGAGCACACUCUUAAAGGGAGUGCUCCUAAUCUCAGCUUGUUACCUGUAUAAAAGACACCUGUCCACAGAAGCAAUCAAUCAAUCAGAUUCCAAACUCUCCACCAUGGCCAAGACCAAAGAGCUCUCCAAGGAUGUCAGGGUCAAGAUUGUAGACCUACACAAGGCUGGAAUGGGCUACAAGACCAUCGCCAAGCAGCUUGGUGAGAAGGUGACAACAGUUGGUGCGAUUAUUCGCAAAUGGAAGAAACACAAAAUAACUGUCAAUCUCCCUCGGCCUGGGGCUCCAUGCAAGAUCUUACCUCGUGGAGUUGCAAUGAUCAUGAGAACGGUGAGGAAUCAGCCCAGAACUACACGGGAGGAUCUUGUCAAUGAUCUCAAGGCAGCUGGGACCAUAGUCACCAAGAAAACAAUUGGUACCACACUACGCCGUGAAGGACUGAAAUCCUGCUGCGCCCGCAAGGUCCCCCUGCUCAAGAAAGCACAUAUACAGGCCCGUCUGAAAUUUGCCAAUGAACAUCUGAAUGAUUCAGAGGAUAACUGGGUGAAAGUGUUGUGGUCAGAUGAGACCAAAAUCGAGCUCUUUGGCAUCAACUCAACUCGCCGUGUUUGGAGGAGGAGGAAUGCUGCCUAUGACCCCAAGAACACCAUCCCCACCGUCAAAGAUGGAGGUGGAAACUGUAAUGAAUACUCGGACAGAGUGGUAAGAUCCAAUCGCAGAAUUGCGAUGCUUUAUUAGAGUACAGACAAGGGAAUAGCUUAAUCGUAGUCGGGCGGGCUGUGGUCAAAACCGGGCCAGGCAGAGACAGGCAGAGGUACCAAGGGAGCGGGCGUAGUCGUAGUCGAGGGCACAGGCACAGGGUCAGAGUACGGUAAUCACUGGGAUAAACAAGCAGAGGAUUAAGCAAUACGGGGAGUCAAACAACAAGGCACAGGUCGGAUACACGGGUAAUCAAAAACAACAAACUCUCUCUCUCGGAACAAAACGCUUAGCAAGUCACAAUGGAACAAUACCUCGCACCGACUGAACUUCUGAGCACACCUUAUAUCCUACACUAAUUACUGACAGGUGUGCUCAGAACUCAGGUGAACCAGAUCGAGUCUGAUGACUCCCCCUCUCUGUAGAUCGGGGAAGUGUCAGACUCUGUCUAGACCCAGCCAACCCCCGAUCCCUUACAGUAUCCCCCUCCCCAGGGCCGGCUCCUGACGGCCUUCUACCUCUACCGGGUGGUCUUCCUCUGGGUCGGGGUCCUGUAUGAUCUGGGUGUUCAGCGUGGAAAGUGGCCUUGAGAGCGGGAUCCAGUAUGUCCUUAGCAGGGACCCAGGACCGUUCCUCAGGUCCAUAUCCCUCCCAGUCCACGAGAUAUUCGAUGCCCCCUCGUCUCCGUCUUGACUCCAGUAUCUCGUGGACUGUAUAGGUGGUGUCCUGUUCAUCCUCCAGAGGUGGUGUAGUAGGUUGUUGAGCGAUAGGGGGGUACAUCGGGCUAUAGUGGACAGGUUUCAACAGGGAGACGUGGAACGUAGGGGUUAUCCUGUAGUGUCGGGGAAGUAACAGACGGUAGGUGACAGGGUUAAUACGUCUCAGUAUUUUGAAAGGCCCGAUGUACCUGGGUUGAAGCUUCUUGCAGCUCCGUCGGAACCGCAGGUCCCGGGUAGACAGCCACACUCUUUGCCCGGGUUGAUAAGUGGGAGUAGGUCUCCGGCGUCGGUCAGCGUAGGUCUUUUGCUGUUGUGAGGCCUGACUGAGAUGUUGAUGGGCCGUCUCCCAGACCUGCGCACUCCGACGGAACCACUCGUCCACCGCCGGUACCAUCCCUGAUGCGGUAUCCCACGGGAACAGGGGUGGUUGAUACCCUAGAACACACUGGAAGGGCGUUAGGCGUAGGGAGGUGUGAAUGAGUGAGUUCUGAGCAUACUCUACCCAAGGAAGGAAUCGGCUCCACUCUUGCGGCUGCCGCGAACAUUGUUGCCGUAGAUAUUUCCCAAUUUCCUGGUUGAGCCGUUCUGUCUGCCCAUUGGCCUGGGGAUGAUAUCCGGAGGUUAGGCUAACCGAGAUGCCCAAGCGUUCGCAGAAGGCCUUCCAUACCCGGGAUACAAACUGGGGUCCCCGGUCGGAAACAAUAUCCUCCGGGACACCAAACUGCCGGAACACCUGGUUAAACAUAGUCUCCGCCAUCUGAGUGGCGUUAGGCAAACGGGUCAUGGGUACUAACCGGCACAUCUUGGAAAAUCGAUCGAUGACCACGAGAAUUACAGUAUGGCCCUCUGAUUCUGGUAGAUCUGUAACAAAGUCCAUUGCAAUGUGCGACCAGGGUCGUUGAGGAGUUGGCAAUGGCAUCAGCUUACCCUCCGGUAGUGCACGAGGUACCUUGGACUGAGCACAUACUGGACAGGAUAAGACAUAGUCUCUGACGUCAUCUGUGAGGGAAUCCCACCAGUAUUUUCGGCUGAUGAGUCGUGCAGUUCGAGUGAUUCCGGGAUGACCAGAUCCCAGCGACGUGUGGCACCAUUCCAUCAGUUGAGGUCGAAGCGGAGCUGGUACAAACACCUUUGACUCCGGGGUUUCUGGAGGGGCUGGUUCCGAUUGUAGGCUCUCCUGAAUAGUGUCAUCAAUAGCCCACCUCACAGGACCAGCACGGCAACUCAUGGGGAGGAUAGGUUCUGGUUCCACGGGUCUUUCCGCGCGCUCGAACCGUCGGGAAAGCGCGUCCGCCUUACCAUUCUUGGACCCGGGGAUAUAAGAGACAGUGAAUCGGAAACGGUUGAAAAAUAAAGACCACCUUGCCUGUCGGGAGUUCAGUCGUUUAGCACUGUGAAGAUACUCCAGAUUGCGGUGGUCCGUGAGCACUUGGAACGGAUGCUCUGCUCCCUCCAACCAAUGUCUCCACUCCUCCAGUGCUAACUUCACCGCCAGUAGUUCACGAUUACCCACGUCGUAGUUCUGCUCGGCCGAAUUCAGUUUUCUUGAAAAGAAAGCACAGGGUCGUGAUUUAGGCGGCUCACCUUGGCGUUGGGAUAACACGGCUCCCACUCCAACCUCCGAGGCGUCCACUUCCACGAUAAACGGCAAGGUAGGGUCCGGCUGACAUAAAAUAGGAGCGGUGGUAAAGCGUUGCUUCAACGUCUCAAACGCACGCACUGCCCCCUCCGUCCAGUUCAGAUCGCGACCCUUGUAGCUGGUCAUCGCCGACAGGGGAGCUGCGGUGGUGCUGAAAUUACGCACGAACCGUCUAUAGUAAUUGGCAAACCCCAAGAAUCUCUGGAGCUCUUUCACCGUCUGGGGUUGAGGCCAGUCUUGUACCGCUUGUACCUUGGCUUCAUCCAGUUUAACCCCGUCGGGAGUGAGUAUGGCCCCAAGGAAGGAAAUCGUGGUGACAUGGAAUUCACUCUUUUCUGCCUUCACGAACAGAGAGUGGUGUAGGAGUCGAUCCAGAACCUGUCGUACAUGGGACACAUGUUCACUCAGAGAGUUAGAAUAGAUUAGGAUGUCAUCAAUGUACACUAUCACAAAGCGAUCAAUCAUGUCCCUGAAAAUGUCAUUCAUGAACGCCUGGAAUACUGAGGGCGCGUUGGUAAGUCCAUAGGGCAUGACACAAUAUUCAUAGUGUCCUCGAUGGGUGAUGAAGGCGGUCUUCCAUUCAUCCCCUUCUCUAAUGCGCACCAGAUUGUACGCACUCCUGAGGUCCAGUUUACUGUAGAUAGAGGCCUGCCCCACCUGCUCGAGGGCUGCUGGGAUCAAAGGAAGAGGGUAACGAUUUUUUAUGGUAAUAUCGUUCAAACCUCGAUAGUCUAUACAAGGACGCAGUCCGCCAUCCUUUUUCUUCACGAAGAAAAAACUGGAUGCGGCGGGAGACGUAGAUGGGCGAAUGGCCCCUUGCUGUAGCGCCUCAUCAAUAUACUUGCUCAUCGCUUCUCGUUCCGGCUGUGACAACGGGUAGAUUCUUCCACGAGGAGGUGUAGCCCCGGAUAGCAGAUCAAUCGCACAGUCCCAGGCCCGAUGAGGUGGUAAUACGGUAGCCCUCUCCUUGGAGAACACCUGCGCGUAAUCCUGGUAUUCUGUUGGAACAACAGUAGACACCGCACCCUGCGCAUCCUCCACAGUAGACGUUUUGCAAGGUAAAUUGAGGCACUCUGCCCUACAUACCUCACUCCAGGCAGUGAUAUCGCCCGAUUUCCAGGAGAUGACCGGAUCAUGGGUGACGAGCCAGGGGUGGCCGAGAACUAGCGGCUCCCGUGGAGCGGAGAUGACGAACAAAAUGAUGUCCUCAUGGUGUAUGGAGCCCACUUGUAACUUGAUUACCUCGGUACGGUGCGUAAUGAACCCAGUGCCCAUGGGCUCACCGUCUAGCGCGUUGACUCGCAGGGGAGGUUGAAUUGGGAUAAGUUGAACUCCCAAUUCCUCAGCGAGACCCAUAUCCAGAAAACUGGCAGCCGCUCCGGAAUCAAUAAGACCCUCCAACCUGCGCACUUUCUCUCCGACAGAUAAGGUAACUGGCACAUACAUUUGUUUAGACGUAAUGUUGAACACUUGAGUCUCACUCACCGGUUUGGCAGUUCCGAGGCGAUAUCCUGGGUUACGGUUUGGGCGUACCGGACAUUGACGAACGAAAUGACCCGACUGACCACAAUACAGGCAUAGUCCGUCUUGCCGACGUUGUUGUCUCACCGAAUCUUGUAGGGGUGACCGUCCCAGUUGCAUAGGUUCCUCCUCAGAUUCUCUCCUCCGCUCUGUCGAUUGCGUAGGACCAGUGACCGAGGGCUCCCGGACUGUGGAUACCUUAUGUUGCACUAUCAGAUUAUCAAUAGAGAUGGCUAUUUUGAUAAACUCAUGUAGCACAAUGAUAUCUCCUCGACAAGCCAACUCAGUCUGUACGUCUUUGUGCAACCCUCUUCGGAAAACGGUGAGUAAAGCAGUCUCGCUCCAUCCGCUACCGGCUGCUAUAGUACGGAACUCCAAAGCGUAGUCGGCUACUGUGCGACGGCCCUGCUGAAGUUCGCAUAGUUGGUCUCCCACACUACGCCCAGAUACUGGGUGGUCAAACACCUCUUGGAACAGUCUUUUGAACUGAACUUCCGCAUUCAACUCGGGGACCUCAGCUGCCCAAAGCGCAGUAGCCCAAUCCAGUGCUCUUCCCGUUAGCAGAGAAAUCAUGAAAUCCACCCUGCUACGGUCAUCGGGAAACAUAGUACGAUUAUACGACAUAUACAGGGACGUCUGGAGUAGAAACCCCUGACAUUUGCCAGGUUCCCCGUCGUACCUUGUCGGUAGAGAAAUCGGAGGUGCAUGACGAGGACUGACCGUGCUCGGGUUGGUGCCUUCAGCCGCACCAGCGUUGAGUAGUUGCAGGAGUUCAUCCAUCCGUUUCUCCUGUAUCUCCCAUCGCCUCUGUAAUUCCGCUGGAUCCAUGGUAUGGGCGAGGUAUUCUGUAAUGAAUACUCGGACAGAGUGGUAAGAUCCAAUCGCAGAAUUGCGAUGCUUUAUUAGAGUACAGACAAGGGAAUAGCUUAAUCGUAGUCGGGCGGGCUGUGGUCAAAACCGGGCCAGGCAGAGACAGGCAGAGGUACCAAGGGAGCGGGCGUAGUCGUAGUCGAGGGCACAGGCACAGGGUCAGAGUACGGUAAUCACUGGGAUAAACAAGCAGAGGAUUAAGCAAUACGGGGAGUCAAACAACAAGGCACAGGUCGGAUACACGGGUAAUCAAAAACAACAAACUCUCUCUCUCUCUCGGAACAAAACGCUUAGCAAGUCACAAUGGAACAAUACCUCGCACCGACUGAACUUCUGAGCACACCUUAUAUCCUACACUAAUUAUUGACAGGUGUGCUCAGAACUCAGGUGAACCAGAUCGAGUCUGAUGACUCCCCCUCUCUGUAGAUCGGGGAAGUGUCAGACUCUGUCUAGACCCAGCCAACCCCCGAUCCCUUACAGAAACAUUAUGCUUUGGGGGUGUUUUUCUGCUAAGGGGACAGGACAACUUCACUGCAUCAAAGGGACGAUGGACGGCGCCAUGUACCGUCAAAUCUUGGGUGAGAACCUCCUUCCCUCAGCCAGGGCAUUGGAAAUGGGUCGUGGAUGGGUAUUCCAGCAUGACAAUGACCCAAAACACACGGCCAAGGCAACAAAGGAGUGGCUCAAGAAGAAGCACAUUAAGGUCCUGGAGUGGCCUAGCCAGUCUCCAGACCUUAAUCCCAUAGAAAAUCUGUGGAGGUAGCUGAAGGUUCGAGUUGCCAAACGUCAGGCUCGAAACCUUAAUGACUUGGAAAAAAUCUGCAAAGAGGAGUGGGACAAAAUCCCUCCUGAGAUGUGUGCAAACCUGGUAGCCAACUACAAGAAACGUCUGACCUCUGUGAUUGCCAACAAGGGUUUUGCCACCAAGUACUAAGUCAUGUUUUGCAGAGGGGUCAAAUACUUAUUCCCUCAUUAAAAUGCAAAUCAAUUUAUAACAUUUUUGACAUGCGUUUCUCUGGAUUUUUUUGUUGUUAUUCUGUCUCUUACUGUUAAAAUAAACCUACCAUUAAAAUUAUAGACUGAUCAUGUCUUUGUCAGUGGACAAACGUACAAAAUCAGCAUGGGAUCAAAUACUUUUUUCCCUCACUGUAUGUACUGUGUUUCAUCUGCUAACAUUCUCUCUCUCUCUCUCUCUCUCUCUCUCUCUCUCUCUCUCUCUCUCUCUCUCUCUCUCUCUCUCUCUCUCUCUCUCUCUCUCUCUCUCUCCUGUUUCUCCGCAGUGACUUCAGUGCCAGUCUGCUGACUGAGGAUCAAUUAAUAUGCUCUGUGUGUUCAGAGAUGCUGAGGGACCCGGUCUCCAUUCCCUGUGGACACAGUUGCUGCAGGCAGUGCAUCAGCACAUACUGGGCCCAGCCCGGCCCUGCAGGAGACUAUGUGUGUCCCCAGUGCAGUAAGAGAUCCAGAGCCCGGCCUGCGCUCUACACUAACACAGCCUUGGCCAGGGUCCUCCAGGGGCUCCAGCAGGCAGGCUUCAGUCCUGCCCUCCCUGCUCUGGGCUACGCUGGGCCUGGGGACGUGGCCUGUGAUAUCUGCUCUGGACAGAAGCUCAGAGCGGUCAAGUCCUGUCUGACCUGCACUGUCUUCUACUGUGAGAGCCACGUCAGGCAGCACUACACCGUCCCAGCACUGCAGAGACACACCCUGGCUGAGGUCACUGGAGAAGGGGGACACAAAGACCACCAUGGCAACGCUGGACAGACAGAGAGCAUCAAAGAGGUGCUGUCAUUCACAAUACACUAUUUGAAUGACUACAAACACUUAACUACAAGCACUUAUAACACUAUUAUAAUGAGAUGAACUGAACUGUGUGUUUCAUGUUUUCUCUUAAGGAGGAGACUAUGGAGACUGAGGAGGAGGAGGAGAGGGAGAACGUCUCUAAAAAGAUGGAAGUUAAACAGGAGGAAGAAGAUUCUGAGGGAAUUUCUGAUCUGAAGACCAUUUCUGAGCUGAAGAAGGAGAUCUCUGAACUGAAGAACAUCUCUAAGUUAAACUCAAAGUUGGAGCAGGAGAUCUCUAAGCUCAAACAUGAUGUGCUUGAGCUCAGUAAGGAGAAUGCUGCGCUUAAACAAGAGGCAUCAUUUGAGAAAGAACUGUUUGACAUGAGAACUGCUGAUCUGAAUAAGACCAUAGCUACUCUCAGCUCAGACCUACAGCAACAGAGAGAGGCUGAGUAUGUGAGAAUAAACCUGAAGAAUAUGAAGAUGGACUAUGGUUAGUGUGACAAUAAUGACUACUUAAAGUGACAGUAUAUUUUUUAAGGUAGUAGUAGAAUAGUAGAUAGUAUUAUUAACAGGUUCUUAUCAAUUAUACUGCAACACUCAUGGAUGUGUUAUGACUGGUUUCAUAAAGAUGUUAUAAAUACCUUAAGUAUACCCCCUUCAAGUAAAGUGUUACCUUUCAUAUUUUAGAACUUGAAACAAUCAGAAAAUGUUCUGGUCAGUGUAUGUUACACUUCAGUUAGACUCAACAGUCCUGUGUGUUAACUCCAUGUAGAGUGCUUACAUUAAUACAAUAUUACAUUAUUUUAGAUGUCAUACCAUUCACAAAAAUAUCCAAUGUCAGAGAAUAAUGUAUUAUACAGUAAAAUGCAGUUCCCCAGAUGUAUGUUAUAUAUCCACUGACAUGUUCUCAUUCUAAUAAAGUGUAUGUUUCUCUCCACAGUGGAUGUGACUCUAGAUCCUGAUACAGCACAUCCCAAACUCAUCCUGUCUGAAGACAGGAAACAAGUUAAAUGUGGAGACAUAAAACAGGGUCUCCCUGACAACCCAGAAAAGUUUGAUACUGUUCCUUGUGUCCUGGGAAAGGAAGGCUUCUCCUCAGGGAGAUUCUACUAUGAGGUUCAGGUGAAGGGGAAGACUGGGUGGAUUUUAGGAGUGGUCAGAGAGUCCAUCAACAGGAAGGGGGAGAUUACAGUGAGCCCUGAGAAUGGAAACUGGACUGUGUUGCUGAGGAAUGGAGAGUACAGGGCUGCUGCUAACCCUGUUGUCCUCCUCUCCCUGAGAGAGAAGCCCCAGAAGGUAGGGGUGUUUGUGGAUUAUGAGGAGGGUCAGGUUUCCUUCUAUAAUGUGGAGGCCAGUUCUCAUAUCCACUCAUACACUGGCUACACCUUCACUGAGAAACUCUAUCCAUUCUUCAGCCCUGGUAAUAAUUACACUGGGAAAAACUCAGCCCCACUGGUCAUCACUCCUGUAGAUAUCACUGACUGACUGUUUUAUACCAAACAUUGAAGUAAUGUUUACUUUUUAAAUAUAAUUUCUUCUUAUUUUUUGUACUUUUUACCCCUUUUUCUCCCCAAUUUCGUGAUAUCCAAUUGGUAGUUACAGUCUUGUCCCAUCACUGCAACUCCCAUAUGGACUCGGGAGAGGCGAAGGUCGAGAGCCAUGCGUCCUCCGAAACACGACCCUGCCAAGCCGCACUGCUUCUUGACACGCUGCUCGCUUAACUCGGAAGCCAACCGCACCAAUGUGUCGGAGGAAACACCGUACAACUGGUGACCGAAGUCAGCGUGCAUGCGCCCGGCCCACCACAAGGAGUCUCUAGAGCGCGAUGGGACAAGGACAUCCCAGCCGGCCAAACCCUCCCCUAACCCAGACGACGCUGGUCCAAUUGUGCAACGCCUCAAGGGUCUUCCGGUCAUGGCUGGCUGCAACACAGCCUGGGAUCGAACCCGGGUCUGUAGUGAAGCCUUAGACCGCUGCGCCACGAGGCCUGAUAUAAUGUUAAUAUAACUGCUAUUGUAAUAGCGACCAGAUAAUGUAAUAAUUAAUUAUAAUGUAAUACAUAUUACAUAAAUCAGCAGAUAAUGUAUUAAUAUUUUACAUUUAUGAUGCAAUAACCUUUCCUGAUAAUGUAAUCAUUCAAUUGCAGUUAUUAAUGCAAUAACAAAUAUCAUAAAUAAGUAUUGUAAUCGGUUCAGCACCAAGUUAUUUUGUGGAUAAGGCUAAAAAAAAUUAAGCGUUAACAUACUAAAUCACAGUUUGUUGGUGCUGGUCGUUUUCUUCAUAAUGUAAUCCAAGAAGACCUACCUGUCCAUCUAGCUCUGUGGACCAUAUCACCUUAGUGGACGAGAUCCAUCUAGCUCUGUGGACCAUAUCACCUUAGUGGACGAGAUCCAUCUAGCUCUGUGGACCAUAUCACCUUAGUGGACGAGAUCCAUCUAGCUCUGUGAACCAUAUCACCUUAGUGGACGAGAUCCAUCUAGCUCUGUGGACCAUAUCACCUUAGUGGACGAGAUCCAAAUUCUUCUUCCUGAAUAACAUGACAUUGGGAAGAAUAAAAACAGUCCAAUAAAUGCAACAGGAACAGUAGGUCUGUAUGCAUUGUUAUAUUUUCAGUAAACCCCUGAAAUUAGAUUAUUACAUGACUUACUAUAACAAUGAAUUACUGUCCUGCAUGAUUAUGUUUCUUACUAUAUUUUUGUUGAAUACUUUUUUUUGCUGUUGAAAUGCAAGGAGAGGUUGCAAGAAAUCCUUUCAUUGUACUUCAGUCUUGUGUAUUUUAUUCCUAUUGUGUCACUAUUUGUAUAAUAUUAUUGUUUAUCUGCAUCGUUGGGAAGGGCACAUAAACAAGCUUUUUAUUAAAUGUUGUUGAUAAAAAACAACUGUGCUUUAUAAAGAGUGACAUAAUGCAUGAUUACUAAGUGUGUUCAGAGGUGCUGAGGGACCCGGUCUCCAUUCCCUGUGGACACAGUUACUGCAGGCAGUGCAUCAGCACAUACUGGGCCCAGCCCGGCCCUGCAGGAGACUAUGUGUGUCCCCAGUGCAGUAAGAGAUCCAGAGCCCGGCCUGCGCUCUACACUAACACAGCCUUGGCCAGGGUCCUGCAGGGGCUCCAGCAGGCAGGCUUCAGUCCUGCCCUCCCUGCUCUGAGCUACGCUGGGCCUGGGGACGUGGCCUGUGAUAUCUGCUCUGGACAGAAGCUCAGAGCGGUCAAGUCCUGUCUGACCUGCACUGUCUCCUACUGUGAGAGCCACGUCAGGCAGCACUACACCAUCCCAGCACUGCAGAGACACACCCUGGCUGAGGUCACUGGAGACGGGGGACACAAAGACCACCAUGGCAACGCUGGACAGAUAGAGAGCAUCAAAGAGGUGCUGUCAUUAACAAUACACUAUUUGAUAUGACUACAAACACUUGAUUUAUUUUGAUAACAAUGACAGUAUAGCUGAACUGUGUAUUUCAUGUUUUCUCUUCAGGAGGGGGCUAUGGAGAGUGAGCAUGGUACUGAGGAAGAGAACUCUGAGCUGAAGAACAUCCAGUUAAAGGAGGGGAACUCCAAACUCAAACAUGACAUCAAAUAUGAGCUGGGUAAUAUCAAUGUUGCACUGAAACAAUAGGCAGCAUUUACCUGCCUCUUGAUAUGAUACACUAUAUAUACUAAAGUAUGUGGACACCCCUUCAAAUUAGCGGAUUCGGCUAUUUCAGCCACACCCGUUGCUGACAGGUAUAUAAAAUCGAGCACACCGCCAUGCAAUCUCCAUAGACAGACAUUGGCAGUAGAAUGACCUUACUGAAGAGCUCAGUGACUUUCAACGUGGCACGGUUAUAGGAUGUCACCUUUCAACAAGUCAGUUGGUCAAAUUUCUGUCUGCUAGAGCUUCCCUGGUCAACUGUAAGUGAACAUCUAGGAGCAACAACAGCUCAGCAGCGAAGUGGUAGGACACACAAGCUCACAGAAUGGGACCGCCGAGGGCUGGAGCGCGUAAGAAUCAUCUGUCAUCGGUUGCAACACUCACUACCGAGUUCCAAACUGCCUCUGGAAGCAACAUCAGCACAAUAACUCUUUGUCAGGAGCUUCAUGAAAUUGGUUUCCAUGGCCGAGCAGCCGCACACAAGCAUAAGAUCCCCAUGCGCAAUGCCAAGCGUCGGAUGGAGUGGAGUAAAGCUCGCCGCCAUUGGACACUGGAGCAGUGAAAAUGCGUUCUCUGGGGUGAUGAAUCACACUUCACCAUAGCCCAGUCCGAUGGAUGAAUCUGGGUUUGGCGGAUGCCAGGAGAACGCUACCUGCCCGAAUGCAUAGUGCCAACUGUAAAGUUAGGUGGAGGAGGAAUAAUGGUCUGGGGCUGUUUUUCAUGGUUCGGGCUAGGCCCCCUUGUUCCAAUGAAGGGAAAUCUUAAUGCUACAGCAGACAAUGAUGAUUCUGUGCUUCCAACUUCAUCCCAACUUUGGCCCUUUCCUGUUUCAGCAUGACAGUGCCCCCGUGCACAAAGCGAGGUCUAUACAGAAAUGGUUUGUUGAGAUCGGUGUGGAAGAACUUGACUGGCCUGCACAGAGCACUGACCUCAACCCCAUCGAACACCUUUGGGAUGAAUUGGAACGCCGACUGUGAGCCAGGCCUAAUCGCCCAACAUUAGUGCCUGACCUGGUGUCACUAUUCUCUCAUGUCUAACUGUUCUCUCCCUCUUUGUAUGUAACUAUAAAGUAAUAUGCAGUUCCCAACAUUGAUGUUAUAUCCUCUGAUAUUUUCAAAUUCUAAUGAAUUGUAUGUUUCUCUCCACAGUGGAUGUGACUCUAGAUCCUGAUACAGCACAUCCCCAACUCAUCCUGUCUGAAGACAGGAAACAAGUGAGAUGUGUUUCAUAAUUGUCCUUCAAUUCGCAAGAGGCUGAAUGUAUCUUAGAGCCAGAGGACAACUCGCACUAAUUACAAUACACACACACACACACACACACACACUCGCCAACCUGCCCGUGGUGAGUGUUGUAAUUAGUGAGAUUUGUCCUCUGGCUCUGAGAUACAUCCGACAGGGGUUGCUCUCUGAGAGAUACCAGGGCUGGGGAGACAGACAGGGGUUGCUCUCUGAGAGAUACCAGGGCUGGGGAGACAGACAGGGGUUGCUCUCUGAGAGAUACCAGGGCUGGGGAGACAGACAGGGGCUACUCAGAUGGAUGGUGUGUUUUCUGGCCUGCAAAUUGAUUUUGACGAACAAAUCAGUAAAAAAAACAAAGCUAUGCAGUCCUCCGCUGAAUUUCGAAAUCCCAAGAAUCUGAAAAUGUUUGCCCACUCCUGGUCUAAAGUAGAAAACUCACCAGACAGGUUGUCUGUCUGUACAGUAAGGGGCCAUUUGAUCACCGUUCUCUUUCUGUUGGCGCAGUGUGAUAUAGGGACUACCCUGCCGGUGGGCGACUGACGGACAUCAUUUUCGACAGUUUUUAAAUGUAGAAUCGGUCUGCACUGGGUUUGCUAAUUAUGUCCGGCACACUGUGCAGAGGUGUUAAGUACUCUCAGCAAGCAAUCAUACCCGUCUGUCUGUGGCUUAACAUAUACUCUGUUCCUAUGGUCACUGUGGACUAUGAGAGAUGACAUGCUAUUUUAAUCUCCACCCUUUGUAAUAUAAUAACACGUUUUGUUCAUCUCUAAAUGCCUUAAAGAAAAUAGCUGUCAUCAUAAUGUAAUAACAUUCUAAGCAGGAGGACAUUCACUGUAGAUAUCACACAGCAAGACUCACCAUCACAUCUCACUACAUGUUUUGUUUUCUGCCUUUUUUUCUGUGUGCUCAUCUCAUUUCUCUCUCUCUCUCUCUCUCUCUCUCUCUCUCUCUCUCUCUCUCUCUCUCUCUCUCUCUCUCUCUCUCUUUCACUCUGUCCUUUUCUCUUUCUCCCCCCCGCCUAGCUCUCUCUCUCUCUUUUUCUACACCCUCUAUCUAUUUCUUCCCCCUCUCUCUCUCCCUCUGCCUGAAGGAGAUCUCCUGCAUCAGAGUACACUAGGACACACUCCGAGGCCCAGUUCCAAACCAACACUUCACUCCUACCAUUAUGUCCUUGGUUACUUCCAUCUGCAGAUCUGA